AUGGGAUCCUCAAAGAAGCAGACCGCCGUGCCCGUCAGGACAAAGGUCCCCAGCCCAGAAGAGGUUGAGAAGCGUAACACGGUCCAUAUCAACGCCGAGACUGUCACCAAUGUCACAUCCACCGACUUCCCCGGCUUCUACCCCGGCGAGGACCACUCCUGGGACAUCGAAAAGUUCCGCGAAAACGUCCGUGUAGUGUUCCACCAGAACGACCCAUAUGAGGCUCAAUUCUCGCUCAUUGGCGUCGACGCCUCCAUUGCCAACGCCUUCCGCCGCAUCAUGAUCGCCGACAUCCCCACGCUGGCCAUCGAGGACAUCUUCAUGUGGAACAACACCUCUGUGAUCCAGGACGAAGUUCUCGGCCACCGCCUUGGCCUGAUCCCCUUCACCGGCGGCAAGGAGGGCCUCCACAACUUCCUCAAGUGGUACAAGAAGGGCGAGACGCCCUGCGACUACAACACGGUCGAGCUCGAGCUCAAGGUCAAGUGCGAGAACAACCAGAACGCGCCGACGGACAGCAAGGACCCCAAGGAGCUCUACCACAACGCCCACGUGUACGCCAAGGACAUCAAGUUCGUUCCCAAGGGCCGCCAGGCCAAGUACUUUUCCGGCGAGAACGUCAUCCGCCCGACCAACCCCGACAUCCUCGUCGCCAAGAUGCGCCCCGGCCAGGAGAUCGACCUGACGAUGCACAUGCACAAGGGCGUCGGAUCCGACCACGCCAAGUUCUCGCCCGUCGCCACGGCCUCGUACCGUCUUAUGCCGACCAUCACCAUUCUCGAGCCGAUCCUGGGCCGCGACGCCGAGAAGUUCCAAAAGUGCUUCCCUAAGGGCGUCAUCGGGCUGGAGAAGGUCACCAAGGAGGAGGCGAAGCAGAAGGGCAGUGGGUACGAGGGCCACGAGGGCGAGCUCAAGGCCGUGGUCCUGGACGCCAUGCGCGACACCGUCAGCAGAGAGUGCUUGCGCCAUGACGAGUUCAAGGACAAGGUCAAGCUCGGCCGAAGGAGGGACCACUUCAUCUACCUGGUGGAGAGCACGGGGCAGUGGGAGAGCGAUGCCAUCUUCCUCGAAUCCAUCGCCCACCUCAAGGAGAAGGCGAAGAGGUUCGAGAAGAUGGUGGUGAACAUGGUGCAGUAA